AUGUCAUCUCCCUGCAGAGUUCUUGUUGUUGGCUGUGGCCCUUCUGGUCUCGCAGCUGUCAAGGAAAUGCAAGAGGCUGGGCAUGAUGCCAUUGCCGUGGACUCACGAUCUCAGUUUGGAGGGGUUUUCUCUCCCGAUUCCGGUGUCACCUUUGAGACACUUCAUCUCACCAUUUCCAAUAUGUUCAUGGCUUUCUCUGACUUUCCUCCUUCAGGAAGCAUCAAGUUCUGGACUAAGGAUGAGUACUUUCAGUACCUUUCCGAAUAUGUGGAUCAUUUUGGCAUUGCAAAACACUUGCAACUGAAGACAACUAUCGAAUCUGCCGUGCUCAACAAGGACAAGAAAUGGCUGGUGUCAUUGGCAACCACGAAGGACGAACAGGAGCAGACAGAGAUGCGCACUUUUGACUAUCUCAUUGUGGCAUCGGGAGCUAACCACAAGCCCAAUGUCCCCGACAUCUUUGGAACAUUCAAGGGUGAAAUCAUUCACUCUUCUGAAUAUCAUUCCGCCGAACAAGUCACAGGCAAGAAAGUCCUUGUGGUCGGGACGGGAGAGAGCAGCGUUGAUGUCGCCAGUUCUGCGGCAGAGGUUGCUGAGUCAGUCACGGUCUGGGGUCGCCGUUACCCCGAUCUAGCUCCUCGUUUCAUCACAGACUACGUUGAUGAUAGCAACUAUGAUGAACAGCGUGCUUUCCCCACUCAAGAGAACCGCAAACCCAAGGAUUUCCUUGAAGUUACCACUAUAACCCGCAUCUCUCGGAAUCUGCCACUGGCGGCAUGCUUGUCGUGCAAUGGCUCCACCAUCACAUUCGAGAAGCCAGGCUAUUAUGGCACUGAAUUCACCAGCAAGGACUCCGUUGACGUUGAAGCUGAUGUCAUUGUUGCCUGCACCGGCUUUGCGCUUGACUUUGAUUGGAUCUCCACACCGGAUCAUGAACUCAACACAAAGCCUCGCUCUUGGUUCAAGCACAGUUUCCCACCUGGUCUUGGCGAGCAUAUGGCUUUUGUAGGAUUUGCUCGUCCUCACUCGGGUGGAAUCCCUCAAUGCUCAGAAAUGCUCUCCCGCUACAUUGCAUUGCUCUGCAAGGGUGAGCGACAGCUCCCUGCAGACUAUGCCACAAUAGCCAAAGUUGAAGGGAAACGUGAACGGGAAGCCUACCAUGGAACGCCGAACUAUGAGCUCCUGGUGGACUACAUGGCGUUCAUGAUGUCAGUUGCUCGGUUGAUUGGCUGCACACCCAAGAUCCCCAUGAACCCAGUGGAGAUGAUUAAGUACUGGACAUUUCCUCAAUGGCCCUGCUUCUUUCGCAGUCGUGGUGUGGGAGCGAAACCUGAAGCCACCAAGGCCGUCCUGGACAAGUUUGGUCCACUUGAUGCUAUGGCUCCUGGGCCGCUCUUGUCGAUGCAGAUUCUCUUUACUUUUCUGAUGCCCUUUAUCAAUCUCUUCUCCUUCAUCUUUGGGCCUGUCAUUAAUGUGGGAAAGAAAACUGAGCUUCCCCGCGGAUAUCAGUUCACUAUGUCCAAGUUUUGUUUCAUGUACACCAACCUUCACUCGAUGGAUGCGAUGAUUGAAAGCUCUUACCAGAUUCUCGCUGGUGUCUUUCUGAUUUUCUUUUUGGUGCUUUCAGUUCCCGUCCAAACAGCAAGCUUGCUAAUGAAACACCUCAAUGGUGGUACCGGUACCACCAAGAAGGCUGCUGCUUGA